UGUAUCAACAGCUCUUAGCGGUUGGCUUUUGCAGCAUUAGUAGAAGCAGAUUUGUCUUUCAUUGCAAGUGAAUGAUAGGAGGCAACAAUCAUGGAAAACGUUUUGGAAACAAUAUCUUUAUCCUCUUCACCACAUCAACUUAAAUCUCAGAUCAUAUCUCUACUUGAAGAUUCAAGAACUUUUAACUUUAAUGUUUUAAGGAUCAAUCCAAUAUUGCAAGCAAAACUAACUACUGACAAUAAGAAUUCUAACAAUAGUUUAAAAUACCUUAAAACCUUGGAGUUGUUUUCUUUUGGCGCUUUUGAAGAUUAUUUUUACAAUAUCGACUAUCAAAACUCAGAAUUUAUUCAGUUGUCCUUCAAUGCCAUAAACAAAUUAAAAGCGCUAACAGUUCUUAGAAGACUAGUGCAUAUUAAUUCCAAUCGAGUAAAAUACAAUCAAUUAACUGGUCGAAGUUCACAGCAAGAUUUUGAUUAUGCUGAAUUGGAAAGACAUUUGAUCUACUUGAAGUUCCAGAAAUUAGUCGAUCUCAAAAUUGAUUCGUUCAAUCAAGAAAUAAAAGUAAACAAGAUUUUUUACAAAGAAGAUAUCAACUACAAUCAGAAUUUUCCUCAUACCGACUGCAAUCCCCAACCAGCUUCAAUGGAUGAUUUGAUUAAGCGUUUGAUAGUUUUUAAACAAAAUGUGUUAACACUUUCUACUUCGCUCUCAUGCUAAUAUGAAAAAUCAUUAUAUUUCUGCCAUUACACUACCAAUUUUAAACGUUUCCUUUUACUUUCUUUAUUUAUGGAUUUACAGCACGUGAUAUCUGACCAGCAUUUCUUUCUUAUCUGAUUUUCGUAGCAUGUGCUGCAACACAGUAAACACACAUGAUUAUUAAUCAUAAACAAAACAUUUCA